GAGGAGCUAGUUUGGAGCCUUUCUUCCUCACAGAUUUAUAUUCAAACUUUCACAGAGUUUGGCAACAACAAUGAAACCAGAAGACCUCCUCCGCCACCCACUCCCCACCCAAACCCCAAAAUUGACCCUUAACUGCCCCCUUCUCGACCGCCUCCUCCGUGGCGGUAUCCCUUGCGGCACCAUAACAGAAAUCGCCGCCGAGAGCGGCGUUGGGAAAACCCAAUUCUCCCUCCAGCUCCUCCUCGCCGCCCAACUCCCCGCCGCACGUGGGGGCCUCUCUGCUUCAUCCCUAUGCCUGCACUCUGAAUUUCCCUUCCCCUUCCGCCGCCUGCACCAACUCUCGCUGUUUUAUCAAUCCCAUAUCCCUAAUAAUCCUCUGGACCACAUUUUUAUCCAACCCCUCCAUUCCCCCGACCACCUGCUCGACCUUUUGUCCCGCCUAGAUUAUAUUGUUUCCCAGUUGAAUAUUAGGCUAAUUGUUAUUGAUUCUGUAGCAGCAUUGUUCCGCUCGGAGUUUGAAAACACCCCACUCGAAUUAAAGCGGAGAUCGAGCUUGUUUUUUAACAUAUCUUCAAAAUUAAAAUACCAAGCUCAAAAAUUUGGGCUGGCUGUUGUGGUGACUAACCAAGUAGUGGAUGUCAUUGAGUCUUCGGGUAAUUUGAGGAUUGGGAAUUCGGGAUUCUUGUGUUCGUCUGGGAGGAGAGUUUGCCCGGCUUUGGGUUUGUCAUGGGCGAAUUGUGUGAAUAUAAGGUUGUUUUUAUGGAGAGUAGAGGAGAGAGUUGAAGAGGAAGGUGGCAACAUUGGGGAUAUGAAGGCAAGGAGGUUCAUUCGGGUUAUUUUUGCCCCACAUUUGCCAGAUUGUUCUUGCGAAUUUAUUAUUAAAAGAGAAGGGGUUUUUGGAGUUAAUAGAUGACAAUUGACUUUAAAAAUGCAGGACCAGAUGGUGUACACUCGAUCCAUUUACGCAAACAAAUUAAAUUGCUAGGAGAUAAGCAGCAAUUCUGGUAAAUUUCUGGAGAACUGCAUAUUGAAGUGUUAUGCUUUGAAUUGAGAUACAUACAAACUGUCAAUUUAAUUACUGUUAUUUUGAUAAUUAUUUUAUUGACUUUUAAUCUAGUAAUUGUAUAUCUGUACUCUAUUUUUUCUUCGACUGCAAUGUGGAUCAGUUUUGAAAGGCAAAUUAUCUAGCUGAUUGAAGAAGAUGUAAAUUUUU